UAUUUUCAUUGGUUGAUUUUCGCGGCAAUAUCCUAUCUGACCUAUCAUGUGCUUGUACUGUUACCGACAGCCACUCGCGUGCGGCUGACGUGAGCAGUGAUCCUAAUUGGGCCAAUGCUACAUCCGGUGUCCGAUGCGACAGCAUCCUGCGCGAAAAGCCCGGGAACGGCAGAAGAUAGAGUGACACCUGCGCAGCAUCUCCGAGCGCCGUUUCAAGAUCACAUCUCGCGAAAAGUAAUGAUUAUUUCGGUCCACGGGCGGUUAGUUCCACAUACUCCCGCCGUGGCGCUACGCACGGGAGUGGGACGAUGUAUGUACCUUGUUAUAGACUGUUAAAACGUAUUAUCAGUGGUGCAAAUUGAAAAAUUGCUAAUGUGUAUCUCGGAUUGAACUUAUGGAUUGUGCUCAUAGUGAUACGCUAUGCGAAGACUAUGCUAGUUGACCCCGUGUGGGUAAACGCGCAAUUCGUGUAGUGUGCGGUGGUGUCCUGUCGUCCAUUUCUGUGCCCUGCUUUUCCAGGGUUGUGCGGGCGGGCCGCAGUGCUCGCGCGAGGGUGUCUCUAAACCUAUAGACCCACGUUUAAGUGACAUUGUGAUGAACGUUUUGCAUAGAACAUGUAUUCAGUGGACUUCACCUUUAGUGUAUCGAGCGAUUCGAGUAUCGUUUAUUGGAGAUUAUCCAUGUCCGUGCCGGCUCGCGAGAGGUCGUCACAGCUCUUAAAGUAAUCAGUGAUCGACGCUAAACAGGGGUCGCAUAUUAAAACCUAUUGUUAUGAACGUAUUCGACAAUAACAGUGUUACGGACGCCCAAAAUGUCGAACACUAUAUUGAUAGGAUCGACCGCUUCCAGCGGGCAAAAAUUCGCUAUCUAAUACCAUUAUUGGAAUACUAAUGGCGCUUGGAAAGAUUAUUAUCAUACUCGCCGUCGUGUCAUUCGCUGUAAGCGAUUAUCAUGAAGUCAAAGCAGAAAGUAAAGCGAAGAAAACCGUGGCGGCGGAGAAAGAACAGAGAUCGAGGUCGGCCAAUCCGAGGGGAGAACGUGGCUCGUUCCAAAAGUUAAGUUCCCUGAUGAACAGGACCGAGGACAGACGACUGAAACCUCGGCGGAACGAACAUUUAAAUAAAAUAUUGCAAAUGAACAGAAAACACGACGACAUGUUGAAUGACAAUCAAGGCGCAAUAGCGAUUAACCAGAAAACAGUUCCGGACAACGACUCGAACACAUUGGCGGACAAGAUUAAGGUGCUGCGUAGCGAAGGGCCAACGUAUGAGGCCAUCAAUAAACACAAUUAUGUGUCGCAGGCUACAGGGGUUUAUUGUAAUUUUGAAAAUGGAACGAAUGGGUCAUUGAUAGAUAUUUGUAUGUGGCAAUGGAACCACACGGUGUCCAGUCAUGGGUUAGGUUUCAAAGUUGUUACUGCUGAUGAUGUGCGGAUCAUGAAUGAGACGACCAGGGGCUUGAAGUUUUCCGGGCCUAAGAACGACGCGGAUGGAAAUGUCGAAGGACAUUUCCUAUACCUACCAGUGGAUCCCACCAUGGAGAACAUGGUGAUAAAAUCACCACCAUUCAGGGGUCUAUGGGAAUUUUGUAAGUUCGAGGCGAAGCUGCAUCAGAGCAAGAUGCAGAAUGCAAGCAUAAGACUUGUCUCCGAGUCCACAAUGUCCGAGGUGCAGUGGAUUCUACAGGAGAUCACGGGGAAUAAUUUUGAAAUGUGGUACCCAAUGAGGUUCAUGAUCGGCAAGGUCCAACAAGAGGUCCGGAUCAUCAUCGAGAUCACGCGGCCUAAUCACAUCAGCAUAUCGCAGACGCUGCCCCACAUAGCCAUAGACAACAUCCGGAUGGUGGAGUGUCUACCAGAACCGCCAGUCUUCGAUGGAGAAUGUCAAUAUGGACAAUUGAAAUGUAAUAUAAUUAAUAAGGAGUCCUGUAUAAAGCUGCAACAAGUGUGCGAUCUGGUGAAAGACUGCGACGACGGUAGUGAUGAAAACCAGAAUUGUGAUAAAAUGCCGUAUGGAUCGUAUUGUAAUUUUGAACAAGACAAUUGCGGUUUCGAAGACGUACCUCAGCCAAUUUUAAAAUGGUCAAGGCACAAUGGUCCAACGCCAACUGACAAGACGGGGCCCAAUUACGACCACACAUGCGGCCCCUUAGACUUGUACCCUACCCAAGUGGUACCCCCUCUAUUCCCAGCUCACAUGAACUACUCCCUAUCCCAAUGCGUGGGGUACUAUUUCUAUGUGAACAUGAAUGUCACUGGCCCUAACAAGGAGAAAGCAGAUUUCGCCUCGACAGCCGUUAUGAGAACUGUAGUUUUCAAUCCACCUCCAAAAGUGCAUGGGAAUAUAACAUCUAAAUAUUACAAUUGUUGUAUGAUAAGGUUUUAUUACCAACAAAAUGGACGCAACUACGGCUCUCUCAGCGUUGACGUGGUAGAGUUGACUACGAGAGGUAAUAUCACUACGUCGUUAUGGUUCUCCACAAAGGACAAAGGUGAAAAUUGGUACAGGGCUGCUAUUUUCUUACCGAAUGUUACUAGAAGAUACUACCUUCAAUUCAAGACCCGUAUGGGUAUGCGAAUAUACUCUGACUCAGCCAUAGACGAUUUCUCUAUGGCUCCUGAAUGUUUCGGGCUCAAUAUAGACCCUGACGAAUUAGGCGACUAUAAUUAUUAUGAUCCUAUAUUUGAAGAGAAAACUACGCCUCAUCCUGGAUUUGCGGAUAAAAUAUACUAUCGCUUCACAACCUGCGGAGCGACUGGUCGUUUUGGUCCCAACCAGACCAUGUGUGAUGCUGCAUACAACAACACGCCCGUCGCUGUAUCCGUCAUACAGACCCCACCUUACCAGGGCAUCCAAGUUUGGGAGGUGCCUGCUGAAGGAUUAUAUACUAUAAUCGCGACGGGCGCGUCUGGAGGGCUAGGGUCCGCGUGGGCGGGAGUAUCCCACGGGGCACAGGCCCGGGGUCUCUUCGAACUGCAUCGGUCUGAACGUCUGUACAUGCUGGUUGGUCAGCAAGGACUGAACGCUUGUAAGAAGACACUGUCAGCCCAAGAAAGCCAAGAGUGCUCGAGGAAGCAAAAUGAUUCUCAGCUGGUGUUCACCAGCAAAACCCACGAAGUGAGGAACACCCAGGUGACGGAUGGCGGGGGAGGGGGUGGCGGUGCAACUUACGUCUUCUUGCUGGACAAGGAAGGCCAGGCGCACCCCCUGCUGGUGGGCGGCGGCGGUGGUGGCAUUUCAGUGGGCAUCUUCCGCGACGACGGCUCGCAGCACGCGCGCCCACACACCAACGCUACGCCCGAGUCCGGCUAUAUGUACGGGAAGCCAGGACGGACCUCGGGCGCUGGCGGCGGCUGGAGCGCGCGCGCGGGGCCGACGACGCCGGGCUUCGAGGCCGUGCGCGGCGCCGCCGUGCGCGACGGCGGCGCGGGCGGCGCGGCCUGCGCCGGCGGCGCGCACGGCGGCUUCGGCGGCGGCGGCGGCGGCUGCCUGCGCGGCGGCGGCGGCGGCGGCUGGCUCGGUGGCAGCACCCACGAGAGCGAGGGCCAACACGGCGGCGGCGGCUGGUCCCAUGUGGAUGGGACUCGCGCGAUCAGAGAGUUCAGUGAAGUGAUCGUUGCCCCGCGGACUGGUCCGGGGGAAGUGUUAAUUAUUCCCGCUAUACAUGAGUGUGGAUGCGACUACCGCUGCGUGGCGACCAACGAGUACCGCAGCGCCGUCCGCUGCUACUGCCCGGCCGCCUGGAGCACCGACGCGCACGACCGCACCAAGUGCAUAUUGGAAGACUCGUGGCCCCGUAUAUCCUGGGUACUCAUCAUAGUGCUGUCCGUCGCUGUGUUUGUCUGUGCUCUUGCUGUCCUCUGUGUAUGCCUUUAUCUGUACAACUCGUAUCAACGGAAGAAAGAAGCUGAGCUUCGUCAGAAACGUCUUCUAGAGCAAGAGGUCCAAUUGCACCGGCUCCGUAAUGCGCCUGGGGGUAACGAAAACCCUCUGAGUAUGGCGUUCAACCCCCACUACGGCAGUGAGAGUUUUCUACCCCAAGGCAUCGACGUGAGAGGGCUGCCUCAAGUCUCCCGUGAGAGUCUCAAGCUUGUCAAAGCCCUCGGACAAGGUGCCUUUGGUGAGGUCUACCAGGGCCUCUACCGUCACCGGACAGGCGACACGGUCGAGAUGCCGGUCGCGGUGAAGACCCUUCCAGAGCUGUCCACCGGGCAGGCGGAGUCCGACUUCCUGAUGGAAGCGGCUAUCAUGGCCAAGUUCAACCAUCCCAAUAUAGUGCACCUGAUCGGAGUGUGCUUCGACAGGCAUCCGAGGUUCAUAGUGCUGGAACUGUUGGCUGGUGGUGACCUCAAGAACUUCCUGAGAGAAAGCCGGCCGAAACCAGAGCGGGCCAGUGCCCUCACUAUGAAGGACUUGCUGCUCUGCUCCUUGGAUGUCUGUAAAGGGUGCAGAUAUUUGGAAGCCAAGAGAUUUAUACAUAGGGACAUAGCGGCGCGGAAUUGCCUGCUCACCUCCCGCGGGCCGGGCCGUGUCGUGAAGAUAGCUGACUUCGGUAUGGCUCGGGACAUAUAUCGGGCUGACUACUACAAGAAGGGGGGGAAGGCCAUGCUUCCUAUAAAGUGGAUGCCACCGGAGGCAUACAUCGAUGGCAUAUUUACCAUCAAAACAGAUGUGUGGUCGUUCGGCGUGCUGCUGUGGGAGGUGUUCUCGCUGGGCGUGAUGCCGUACACGGGCUGCGCCAACAGGGAGGUCAUGGAGAUGGUCUCCGGCGGCGGCAGACUCGAGAAACCAUACGGGUGUCCACAAGAUAUCUACCGGCUGAUGUGCGAGUGCUGGAACCCCACGCCCACGGAGCGGCCUUCAUUCGCCCACAUGUUUGACAGACUACAGCGGUUCCUUCAGGACCCUGAGAUAGUGAGCGCACCGCUUCCCGUGGUGCGGUCGCUGCUGCCGCCAGCCGACAGUCAUCUCACCAACGGCCCGCAGCGCGCGCCGGCGUGCGACUACCUCGUGCCGAUGUCUCCGCAGGAUCUCCCGCCGCCCGACGCUAGCUCAACGGAUCAGCUGGUUCUUCAUAGCAAAUCGCCAACGGCGGCACAGGACAAACAAGAAACGGAGGAUUCACAAUUUCAACCUCUUCUGAAAGCAUCACAAGAAUAUGGCAACAUUCCAAUGGUGUGCCGGAGCGCAGUGGGCGGCCGCCGCGCCGACUCCUCCGUUACUUCCGCCGCCGAGACACGGACCACCACAAAGUUUCUGCCGUCUAACUCCACAGACAGACUGCUAAGUUCAGUUGAAGGCAAUUCAAUAGACGACGACACAGCCUCGGAAACGGACGACAAGCCUAUCAUCUGGGAGACAUCGUUUACAGAGCCCAAGACCAACAGCGUGGAGCCACAGCAGAACGGGGAGAAUGGACCCGCCGUCGACAAACUUAUUAGCAUUACACCAACCUCACCCAAACCCCCGGAGAACGUAUUAUCAAAAGCAAUCGACUCCACUGUCAUAGAUAAGACGAACCAUAAAAACACAUUAGUGCCAGAACGUAAGACUGCCCCCAUCGCCUCCCCCGACCCACCGCGAAUCAACGCACGGCCGUCAAAAGACCCGCCAAAGUUAGCCCCAAAACUAAAACCACUAUGUUUAGACGCGGCACAGUUAGAACAAAAUCUGAACGCGUUGAAAAAGAACAGUGGCUCAGUGAAUUUAACUACAAUGAACAUUUUACCCCCGUAUAUAAAUGUAGUUACGCCAAAUAAGCUAUCAGAAUCGAAAACUAUACAAAUAGAUCCGAAGAAAGCCGUUAUAGACGAUCUGCAGACCCUGAAAGAGGAGGUUAAAGAAGAGAAAGUGAAACUAAAACAGUCUAAUUCCGCUGCGAGCCUGUUGAACGGACCUAUGACGGAUGUACCCUACGCGGAUAGCGAUAAUGCAUCGUCGAGUUCAGGUAGCAAUGCGCAGAACCUUAUAAAUCAGAAGAAUAAGAAGAAUUAUACAGAGGUAGUGGUCGGGAAUGAUAAUAGGAGUAAAGUAAUAAAACAGGGUAGCAACGGUGGCGAUUGCGUCGGGGACUCUGAGAUUAGCUGUUAAUUACAUGAUUUUGUAUGUUCCGUUGUUAGCUAGGUGGAUCACAAUACCGAUAUUUACAAAUGCUACAAUAGUCACUUGUACAAUAAUCAUUUGUAAGUAAAUUGUUUGACUGAGGCUGUGCAAGGUUAUCAUCAACUUUUAUUCCUGUCAAGUAUGGGCUGUGUAUCGUGAUUCCUUUGCUAUUCAGCGAUAAAUGAAAGGUGGGAAAAUUUAUGGAGUCAGUUAUUAAAUUUAGAAUCGACAAAAAUUUCUAAACACAAUGUUGCUUAGAUUUUUUUUAAUAAUGUAUUUUUUUUCCUAUUGUUUUAUGUAUAAAAUGGCUACGACACGACGGCAAUUGAUGAUAACUCUUCACUGCUUUUCCAAAAUACCUAAAUUAAAACAUUACCAAUUUACUAAAACCGAAAUAGUGAAAAAUAACUAAAAUAUACUCACUACUGUGGUCGAGUAAAAAUUGUGAAAUAAAUUUAAUUUUGUGAAUUCAAUUUAGUUUUAGUCAAAUAUGGAAAAUGCCUAAACACGAGGGUGUCUAAAAAAGUUGCUUAUUGAAAUUGUUGGACUGUCUGUGACGUUGUUGUGAUGAAAGAAUCCAGUGCCGCCAAUAAGGACGUUCUAUUUUUAAUUAGUGGAAAUAAAGUUAUCUAAAUUUAGGUGUACAUAUUAAUAAUACGUUUUAAUAAAUAGCGACUGUAAUAUUAAACAGAGGAGAUGAUUUUUGUGUGGACAUUGAAGUAAAUCAUAAUAUAUAUAAUAUAACAAUUAAUUUCGGGACAUUUGUAUUUUUGCCACAAUUGUACAAAAAGUUGUUUUUAUUAAGGGAUGAAUGGAGGAUUAUGUAAAUUUAUUUGUGUGAGGAAAAAAAAAUGAAAAUGGCUUCCUGAUAUCGCUUAUAGUUAAAAUAGACGAUUAUUGUUGCUCAAUUUGCUCAAUAUUUUGCGAAAGGUAGUUCAAACAAAUACGAGGACCGUUAGUCUUUUCUACUUUUAGAUAUUCUCGGAACUCAGUUGUGAAAUGUUUGUAAAGAGUUUUAUAUGGUUCGCUUUGUAGCAUUUAUGUUUUUUGUUGUAUAAUCAGAAUUUUGAGAGACUACAAUUAAACUUUCGAUACUACUCUAAACAUAUUGUGGAAAACAAACGCACACCGCACUGGUAACAGCUUUUAGAAUAUCUUGAUGAAAUUAAUAUAAGGCCAAUGAAACGAAUUAAUGAACUAUAUUGAAUUUUUGUUGGUACGUGCCUGAGAACAUUUCGCGUAAAUUAAAUUAUUCCAGUAACACUGUGACAUCAGUGGCUCAGAAAAGACGACAUUCUUUAGUAGAAUUCCUAAAAAAUGACGUCUUUCAGAUAUCACAAUGCUACUUGAAUACACUUAACACCUUUCACGGUAACAAGCAAGUUAUAUUUAUACAAACACCUUACAUAUCUUAAAAUAUGUCUAUACUUCACAUCACAACGUUCAAUAUAAAAAAAAAUGGUUAACUUAUACAAAAUUAUUUCCAUUUCGUAAAAUUUAUAUCGUUAUCUUGUAAAUAUCUCAAUAUUUUGUUAUUGCGCGACACGUUCUCAGUGAACUAUAUGAUUUUGUACUAGAUUAUUAUAGUAACAUCGUAGUAACGCUUAAAAUGUUUGUAAAUAAUAUUUAAAAAAAAAUGUAGUGAUUUGUGUAAAUCCGCCCCGAAAGAACAUAUAGGUACACGAAUAAUUAUAAUAAAAGUAUAAAGAAGUUAUGUUUUUGUAGUAUAUAGGAUAUGUAAAUGAACGGUGUUAAGUUAUAAAGAAAGAUUUUAUGUACGUCGGGUACUACAGUUUAUCAUAAUUUUGUUGUUAAUAGGAAAAAAAUAAAAAAUAAAAUAUUGGUUACCAAUUGUCAUCAUCUGUAUUAGAACGACCGUUAUAAGGGAGUAUACACUAAAUUAUUAAAUAUAGUUUUAUUAUAUAUUAUAUGAAUUUAAAAAAAAUACAAUGUGUGUUAUCACAUAAGUGGAUGCUUUAAUUAAACUGUAAGAUAGAUUUUAAGGGAAUCUAUAGCGAAAAUUAUUUGAAAUUUAUAUUAAACGUUACUUUUUUCAUUCAAUCAGAGUAGUGCCAGUUUU